AUGAUAUGCGCAUUCUGGGCGUUCAUCACGACGUCGGUGACCACGUCGCUGGCCUUGCGGGCCACCAACUACGAGGAGGCAGUUGAAAUGCUGACGUACAUCACCGGCUCAUCGUCCACGUUGGCGCUGUUCGCCAUCGGCGUGCACAACCGACCCGGGCUGCACCGGAUGUUGGACGCGGUGAGGCGUGACUUCUGGGAUGACGGGCGCCGGCCGACCGCGGACGUGCUGUUCUCGCGGUUCGUGCGCACUUACGGCGCCAUUUUGCCGAUCGCCAACGUGAUGAUGUGCAUGACGCCCGUCAUCUGGGCGGCCCGCAACGGCGACAUCGACUCGCCGGCCGCACUCAUAUUCCGCAUGUGGACGCCGUGGACGCGUCUGACGACCGCCCGGUACGCCGCUGUGUACGCCGCCCAGUUUGUCGUCUCGAUGAGCGUGCUAACCAGCAUCUCGGGCAUGGUGUUCGCCAUGGUGCUGUUCGUCACCGAGAUGCAGGUACAGGUGGAUACUCUCGUCGACGCUGUUCAAGAUCUGCACGUGGACAUGUGGUACGGCGACGGCGAUGGCCGCCCGGACGCGCACCCUGACCGGCGUCGCCGUGCCGCGUUUGACGGUCUAGUCAAGUGCAUAAAACACCAUCAGGCACUCAUCACGUGGGUAUAA